AUGGCUUUCAGGGAUGUGAAUGCAAGAAGACAUAUUGGACUUCAGCAACUGUCAUCCUUAGCAUCAGCUGGAAGAACCUUACUGGGGCCAGUGAAAUCAUGUAAAUUCAUUGUGGAUGAAAGCACCAACCAAAGCACAUUGAUUUGUUCUGCUGUUAGACUGAUUGAAAAUUUGGAUUUAACUAGUGCUGCUGGACAGCUUCUUAAUGAAACCAUUCAGGCUCAAAACAAGGAGUUUAAGACUGGGAUGAGUACUCUAUUGUUUCUUGUUGGUGCAUGGAGCAAGGCUGUACUGGAGUGCCUCGAGCAGAACGUUCCUAUUUCAGCAAUAGUCUCUGUGAUGUCUGAGGGCUUGAACUCUUGCUGUGAGAGAGUCCAGUGUCUCCAAAUAUCAAUAGAUGAUGUAAAUAAAGAGCUGUGUUCUGGCAGUGUUGGGCCAAACACUCUUAAAAGCAAAACUUGCCAAAUCGGAUGUGACAGUCUUCUAAAUGCUCAGAUUUUUUUCUAUUUUCAGAAAGGUAUUUCUGUACCAGAAGAAGCAAUUCCAAUAAAUUCUUCUUCCAGUCAAGUUGGUGACUGUAAUUUUAACAAGUGUCUGGUUUCACCUUUGGUUGGUGAAAUAGCUUCACUUGUCAAACCAGCAGGUGACAAAAGUACUUCUGUGAUUUCUGGAAGUGGUGCUAUAGCAUCCAGCUGUAACAAACAGAAGUUUGCCCAUAGCAGAUACUUCAGCACUCUAGGAAGAAGCAAUUUUUCAAGUCGGCAAGGUAGUUUUCAGGAAUACUUUUCAGGACAGUCAGCAGAUCCAUGUGAAUGUUAUGGUUUAGGACACCUGGCAAUGGCGCUGAGCCCUGGCAAUCAGACUAGCAUGAAGCUGCUACAAAGCGUUGUUGUGCAUCAAAGAGAGAGAGCAGAAUCCAGUGGGUCUUCCCAGUUUAAUAUUGCAGAAAUUGUGACAUGCUGUUUAGUGGGCCUGCCUGAAAGCUAUUCUUGCGUCUCCCCAGGCUUUGUUACGUUAGUGUCACCAGAACAAGCCACAGUUAUCAAAUACUUGGAAGACAAACCCCUUCAGAUUCUGCUAAUGGACGGUGACCUAACUGAACAAUAUCGUCACUUAGGUUUUAAUACACCUUCUAAUAUAAGGACCAUAUUAGAGCAUCCUAACCUACAGGAUGGCAGAGUCAGAGACUCAUGGCUAAGCAGCAUGUUAGAUAUUCUGAUAAGGUUUGAAGUAAACUUGGUCUUGGUCAAAGGAAAAGUGUGUGAAAACUUAAUGGCAAGAUGCAUAGCAGAUGGUAUACUGGUAAUUGGUUCUGUGACGUGGAAUGUGUUGUGUGCCUUUAGGCAGGCCACUGGUGCCCAGCUAGUGACAUACCUUACCCAGUUGAAUCCUUCUUGUGUAGGUAGUGGGGCCCAGGCAGAGCUGUGGAAGGCCUGUGAUGGGCGUGCGAUGGAUUUGGGUGAGCUUGUGCCAAUCAGGAUAAAAAUGCAAGACAUUCCCCUGCUCACGGCUGUGCUUUCCACUACUGUAGCUUCAAAGAUGCAGCUCAUUGAAGACCAGUUCUGGACAUCAGUGUAUCGACUCCAUCAUGCUUUGAAUGACAAGAAGGUUUUUCUCGGUGGUGGUGCAGUAGAGCUCUUGUGCCUUAGUCAUGUUCAGACACUCAUGGAACGGCCUUUAGAGGCAGCAAAUAAAAAUGCUGUGAAAGACUUUCACAGUCCUUGGCUGGCAGCACCUGUGGCAGAGUAUAAAUCAGUUGUGCUCCAAGCAUUAGCAAGCGGCUGGAAGCAGUAUCUUUCAGUGGUUAUGUGUAACACUGCAAAAGCAGCUUCGGAGUUGGAAGCAUGUACCUCAAUUGAUCAUCACCUCAAAAAAGCAGCUGACUGUGGCUGUCCCUCAGCAUAUAUAUUGCAAGAGUUUAGAAGAGGCAAUCUGCUCAAGGGUAGUUCUGGUCCCUUCCCUGACCUUGGAGAGGUUUUAAAGGUUUAUAAUAAUGUUACAGCCAAGACAGAAGCAUGGUGGAGAGCUCUAAACUUGGUGCUACUAGUGCUUCAAACAGAUACCGAGAUUAUAACAGGUCCCAAGAGAAAUCAACUAUUGAACUCACAUGUCUUGAGUGAUUUUAUGUUUUUAUAG